GUGCUUGAAUUAUACAAGACGGAACAGGAGCGUGGUUAAGGGCGAAGGAACGGAGAGCAAAGCGCGUCGUGUUCUGGGCUUUUUGUUACACUUGCGGUUUUCUAAGUUAUUGUGGAUUUGUUUUUUUCCUCCUUACAGCCUUAAAUAUUAACAAGUCAACUAGUAAAAACGUAAGAGUUGUGUUUUGCGGUGUGACGUGUGGAUGAUCUUCGGCGUCACGUUGCGCACACGGAACGGAACUAUGAACGGCUUUGGAGUAAACAAUCAUCGUUUGUAAAAGCUUUUGAAAAAACCAAAACAACGAAAAUCAGUGGACAUUUGUGUUGUGGAUUAUUUAAAAAUAAAGGUAAGCCAUGGGCGUAAAAGCCAGUCACUUAGUUUGUCGUGUAUGAAGAUGCGUCCUCUGUGAUCGUUCUCGCACCGCAACUCGGCUGAGUCUCGCACCCAAUGCACCAAACUCUGAGUGGAUCUACACUUUCCGCUUUACACAACACCACCCCCGACAGACAACACGGUCAUUUCACUUUCAGAAAGCUCGCUGGAAUUAAAGACACAUCCACCGCUUUGUUAAAGCCAUCGGAUCCUGUCCGUCAGGCGAAGCGUCUCCCUAUUAAAGUAGUGAAGAUGCUGACUGCGCACUCGGGACACUUACUCCACCCGGAGUACCUGCAGCCCCUCACAUCUGCCCCCGUCAGCAUCGAGCUGGAUGCUAAGAAGAGUCCACUGGCCCUUUUGGCUCAGACAUGCUCUCAGAUAGGUAAACCAGAUCCUCCGUCCUCAUCCAAACUGGCCUCCAUUACAUCUAGUGGACUGAAUGAGAAAGAAGGCUCAUCUCGCACCUCUUCCUCAUCCCUAAAACACGCAGAGCAACGACCUUCAUCAGAUGACAAGUCCAGUUUCAAGCCUUACUCCAAAACAGGCCCAGAUGGCCAGAGGGAUGGGAGUAUCAGCAGCAACAGUAACAAGCCUGGCUUUUGUCUUCCUGGAGGUGGAGGUAACAGUGGCAGUAACACACCAAGCUGUCAGUCCCACCAUUCUCGUACUGUUUCCCCAAGUUCCAGAGUGGGUUCGCCUUCACAGACUCAGGUGCAUAGACAUGCUCUUUCACCCAACAACAUGCGUUCCACUUCACAUUCACAGACUGCAAACGGGGAGGCAAAAAACACAGAAGUGGCACUCUCCGACAACAAGAAGGAGGGAGAGUCGAGUAAGGCAAGUCUGGACAGUCCUCAGCUGGCCAACUCCAGCCUUGCCAGAGCGAGUGUCAACUCGAGUAGCUCAAGUUCUGAAAGCAGCCCCAGUAACGAGUGCAAAUCAGACCCACAACCAUCUCAGCCUGGAGGACUCGGGCCUGUUUCUAUUUCUCCUUUCAAAUCCAGUCACCCUGUCUUCCCACUCCCGCCGUCCAGCAUGGGCUACCACGGUUCUAUAGUGGGCACUUAUGCUGGCUAUCCCGGUCAGUUCGUUCCUGGCUUAGACCCUACCAAGUCCAGCCUAGGAGGUCCUGGUGUAGGGGUUGCAGGUAAACACCCCAGCUCAAGCCCACUGACUGGAGCAUCUCCACCUUCAUUUAUGCAGGGUUUGUGUCGGGACCCGUACUGUUUAAGCUACCCGAAUGCACCUCAUAUGGGUGGUAACUGUGGCACAUGUGUUCACGACCCAUCCUCUUCACUAAAAUCCGGCUUCCCACUGGUUUAUCCCCCUCAUCCCCCAUUGCACUCACUUCACCAGAGCUCAUUGUCUUCCAGCAUCACACCAUCACUCUCUCAUCCACUAUACACAUACGGCUUCAUGCUGCCCAAUGAGCCUCUACCACAUGCAUGCAACUGGGUUUCAGCCAGUGGGCCAUGCGACAAGCGCUUUGCCACCCCUGAUGAGCUUUUAGCCCACCUGCGCACACACACCUCACUGCCAGGCAUGGAUGGAAAGCUCCUGUCGACAUACCCAUCAUCUUCCUCCUCAUGUCACCUCCAUCUGCCUUCCCAGACCAGUCCAGCCUCUCUUCCUGCCUCCUUCUCUUUGAGGGCACCUCCAAGUUUGGGCUUGGCUCGAUACCAUCCCUACAGUAAAAUGCCACUGCCCACAGCACCAACACUUCCCAUGCACUCUUUACCAACCUCUGCACCCUAUUACUCCCACUACGCUCUCUACAGUCAGAGACUGGGAUCUGCCUCAGCCCUUGGCUACCAGUGAAAUAGACUCCAUUGCUUCAGAAUUCUAGACCCAGAACAAGCAGCGCACUUGCAUGAUGACUGCUAAGACAUCCCGCUUGGGAUUGGGCUCCAUUUUCCCAUUAAUGGGAGAAGUAAAGUGAGAGGAACAGAAACGCUGGAAAAAAAGGAAUCCAUGGACUCCCUAAUGGCUAAAAUUAUGGGUGUACUAGGAUGCAUGCGAGCCUGAGACUGUGUGAGACUGAAGCGCCAAUGCAGUUUUCAAACAGAAUUGUAUUUAUUUUUUAACAAGCGCUUGGCUUUUUCUGAUUUAUAAUCCAAAACAGUUUACUUUCACAAAUCCUGAAGUCAUCUAUUCAUUUCAUUCUUAAUUUAACAGUUCUUCUCUGCCCAUUAUUUGUACACUCUCUGCUGCAAAUCCUAAGCUUCAGACAUUUCUUUUCAUAAAUCUGUCCCGUCCGACUUUUGUCUGUUUAUUGUGUCUGUGCGGUAUGAAUGUGCAUGUCAAAGUCCUUCUAGCCUUUCGAAAUGCUUAUUUUUUAUUUUUAACAGCUUACAAAUAAAUGAAUUAAAGAACUGUAAUAUUUUUUGUAAAGUGUUGAAAUUAUUAGGCUGGUUAAGGUGCCGCUUCAAUGAAAAAAAGGUAAAAAUAGCGAUGGCAGAGCUGUCCAACUUUGGAGUUAUAAUUUUGUUAAAUAAAUGAAAUGGUUAUAUUUAAA